GAUCUUUACUCUGCUCUCUGAUUUCCUUUUUUUUUCUUCUUUUUUUUGGGUAUGGCUUUUAAAAUAUCCAAGAUGUUGUAGGAUCUAGAAGCAGAUGGAUAACUUGUACACAUUACCUUCCGGAAAAGCAACUGGAGUUCAUCUAGAACCACUGCAACAGCUUUAGAAGAUAGUUUUCUCCUCAAGUUUCUUAGAAUUUUCUUUACUUGAAGUGGACAGAAGCUAUACACUGUGUUGACUACUUUAUAAUUCACAUUUGGUCUUUUACUUGCUCAGCAGUCACUCUUGUCUGUCACUAUCAGGAUAUCCCCUUCCCUCUUUCUAGGGUUUCAUAAUGCUUUAGGAUCUCUGUGAGGUCGGACUCUCUUUCAGAAGCAGGGCUGAAUUUCACCCCUCUUUUAAAAGAGUAAAGCGUAAUAAAGGCUGCUUUAUCAUGAGUUAGUACUGCAAGUUUGUAGAGAUGAUGGGAGGUCACAGGUCAGACAGAACUUGGAAGUAGGUUUAAUUUAGAUUUGGUAUAUAAAGCUUUAAUAUUUAAGGCUUACCUUAUGAGUUUUGUUUGGACGUAAGGAACGUAAUCAUGGGAAAUGCAGCUGGAAGCUCUGAGAUUUCCCAGGGAAGGGAUAUUAAGGAGACCACAAUAACCAGCCCUGAGUGUACCGGGCCUCAGAAGCAAACAGCAGGACCCAAGCUUCCGAUGCCCCCUGAUAAGGAGCUGGAAGAACGCUUCAGUGCUGCACUGAACACAAUGAAUCUUCCUCCGGACAAAGUGCAGAUCCUCUCCCAGUAUGACAAUGAGAAGAAGUGGGACCUGAUCUGUGACCAGGAGCGGUUUCAAGUCAAGAAUCCUCCUUCUACCUAUUCGGAUAAACUGAGGAGCUGUUUUGAUCAUGGAGGAGCAGGUCGGAAGUUUAAGAGACAUGUUCAAGAAAUGACUCAGGUCCUCAGAGAGCUGGAGAUUUCCCUGAGGACCAAUCACAUUGGUUGGGCUCAGGAGUUCCUGAAUGAGGAGAAUCAGGGGUUGAAUGUUCUGGUUAAUUAUCUGUCUGUUGCUCAAAGCGCUGUAACGUCUGACACAGAGACUUCUGAAAACGGGAUGCUGCCCUCAGAUAAAAGCAAGCCUAUAGACAAGUCGAUGGAAGAUCUGUGCAUGAAUCCCAGCAACCCUCAGGCCAACCAGGGCGCAAAGCUUACCAAGGGGAUUACAAUCAAAAGAGGUCAGAGGGGAUCACGUGUCAUUGGUCAGAAGGAUGAUAUUCAUCUGUGCAUAAUGUGUCUCCGUGCCAUCAUGAACUAUGAGUCCGGGUUUAACCAGGUGAUGAAGCACCCGAGCUGUGUCAACGAGAUAACCCUCAGCCUCAACGACAAAAACCCCAGGACCAAAGUUCUGGUGCUGGAGCUGUUGGCAGCCGUGUGUUUGGUGAGAGGAGGCCAUGAUAUCAUCCUGUCUGCCUUUGACAACUUCAAAGAGGUGUGUUGGGAGAAAAGGCGCUUCGAGAAGCUCAUGGAGUAUUUUCGCAAAGAGGAAAGCAAUAUCGACUUCAUGGUGGCAUGUAUGCAGUUCAUCAACAUUGUGGUCCAUUCUGUGGAAAACAUGAACUUCAGGGUCUACCUUCAGUAUGAAUUUACUCAGCAUGGCCUGGAUGACUACCUAGAGCAACUGAAGUUUACAGAGAGCGACAGGCUGCUGUUCCAGAUCCAAGCCUAUCUUGAUAACAUUUUUGAUAUAGCGUCUCUGCUGGAGGAUGCACAGGCCAAGAACAGCCUGCUGGAGCACAUAGAUCAGCUGCAGGGGCUCAACACACAGCUAAACUCCAAGCUUCAGGAGACUGAAAUGGAGAAGAUCUCGGAGCUGGAGAAAAAGCUCAUUCACUCUGGCAAAGAGGUGGAACCCUUUAAGCAGCUGGAUAAUGAACAUGAAGGAAACGGAUCCUCUGAAGAGCUAAAGGAGCUGGAGCUCAGAGUUCAGGCUCUGGUGGAGCAGGGGAUCCUCCGGGUGGAACGCUCCACAUCUGGAUGUCUAGUUCUACAGGUGGUCCAGCAGGGGGGACAAGGAGACACUGUGAUGGAUGAAGUAGAUGCUGCGCUUAUCUCCUCACAAGCUCCAAACCAAGCUUCAAUGAAGUUGAUACCUCCUCCACCUCCACCUCCUCCCCCACCACCAGGAGCUCCCCCACAACCUCCCGGAGAUAUGGAGGGAGGCUCAGGCAUUAAAGAGAAGAAGCCUAUUCAGACCAAAUACCGCAUGCCGCUGUUUAACUGGGAUGCUCUGAAAUCAGACGAGGUGGAGGGAACCAUUUUCAGCGAGUUGGAUGACCAACAUGUCUUACAGGAGCUGGACAUGGAAGCUUUUGAGGAGCAGUUUAAGACCAAAGCUCAGUCCCCUCCUGUAGAUCUAUGCACCCUGAAGAAGAAAAUGACCCAGAAGACCCCCAGUAGAGUAUCUGUAAUGGAGCCCAACAGAGCCAAAAACCUGGCCAUCACUCUGCGAAAAGAAUCUGUGGCUGCAUCAGACAUCUGUAACGCCAUAGAGACGUACAACCAGCAAGCUCUGAGUCUAGACUUCCUGGAGCUGCUUGAACGUUUUAUUCCCACUCAGUACGAGAUGAAGCUCAUUGAAACUUAUGAGAGCGAAGGCAGGUCAAUAGAUGAGCUCAGCGAAGAGGAUCGCUUCUUGGUGCGCUUUGGCAAGAUCCCGAGGCUCUCCCAGAGGAUCAGCACACUCACCUUCAUGGGAAACUUCCCAGAGAGCGUCCAAAACAUCCAGCCUCAACUGAAAGCCAUCAUUGACGCUUCGAUGUCGGUCAGAUCAUCUGUAAAACUAAAAAAAAUCUUGGAGAUUGUUUUGGCAUUUGGAAAUUACAUGAACAGCAGCAAGCGAGGGCCAGCGUAUGGUUUCCACCUACAGAGUUUAGACCUGCUAACUGACACCAAAUCAACGGACCGCAGACAGACGCUGUUGCACUUUAUGGUCGGCAUCAUCCAUGAAAAAUACCCAGAGCUGCAAAACUUCUACACAGAGCUAAACUUCCUGGAAAAGGCUUCACUUGUUUCAUUCGAAAACAUCCUGAGGAAUCUGAAUGCUCUGGAAAAAGGCAUGGAGCUGACCAGGACCGAGUUCUCAGCAGAGGAGGAAAAUCCUGUUCUGAAUACAUUUCUGAACAAAAACACUCCGCUGCUUGAGUCUUUGAUGACUGACGGAAAGACGGCACAGGCUGCAUACGAAUCAGUGGUGAAGUACUUUGGUGAAGAUCCAAAGGAGACUCCACCCUCAGAGUUCUUUACAGUUUUUCUCCGCUUCAUCAAAGCUUACAAGCAAGCAGAGCAGGAAAACAAGCACAGAAAGAAACCACUCGGGCCAAGUGGUGAUGACCCGUCAGCUCCUCCUAAACCUGAACUCUCAAGGAACAAGGUUUCCAACAUGUACAGACCUCAGAUGGAUCUGAUUGCAGAGCUGAAGAAGAGACAGGGUUCUCCUCUAAUAAGGGAGCGGAAAGAUGGCGCCAUUGAAGACAUCAUCACCGAUUUAAGGAAUCAGCCAUACAGACGGAUGGAUGGCGCUCGUCAGAGCUCCAAGUGGAAACCAGGUCAACAGCUUCAAGUGUCUUCAGAUAUCUCCCUCUGAACACUGGGAAGUCACUAGUAAAAAUGUUAGAUAUUUGAGGAAACGUUUUAAUCCAUGUUUUCAUAUUUUGGUGACAAAAACAAAGUCACAGCUAUAGCUUCGUAGGAAGAUUUCCUGCUUCUUGCAGAAAUGUUGCAGAGUUCAUAGAAAGAAAUGUAGAAUACAUUAUAUUAUCUACUGGAUGUUAAUGAUGCUGGAAGUCAUCUGAGAUAAUAAGGACAAUUAUAUGGAGGAGUGAACCACUCAGCUGAAAUCUGAUGCAGGGACUUCAUUAAUGAUUCACAGAUAUCAGAACGGAAAGCAAACAAUAAAGGAAAAGCAGGACAGUUUUCAUAUACUAUACUGAAGUUUUUAAUAAAUUAUUUUAAUACUGAAUUUCUGCUUUGCCUCAGGUUUGAAUAAAGUAUUUUAUACUACUGUCAA